UGAGUCAAUUACGGACGGCGGAGGCGGGUGCCGCCUGCUGCAGCUUGGGCUGAGCUUCUGGCGUCGGGUCUUAGGGCGUCGUUUGGAAGUGGCCGGUAUGUCCUUAUGGGCCUUUCUGGCUGGAGCACUGGGCAUUGGCCGCUUCUCAGAAAAAGGUCUUCAAGACCGAGCAAAGGACCGCGAGGAGAAUGGGACCCACCUCUACGCUUUUGUAUGAGCCGUGACCCCCUCCCUCGAGCGGGUUGUCAGCCGAGCACUCUCCGAGCUCGGCCCCAGCUUUCGGUCUCCGCAGGUCCCGGAGGCGGCUCCCGGGGCCUUGUGCGCAUCCCACACCAAGGACACUCAGGUUCCAGGUGCCCCCGCCCAGGCCUGGCCUGAGGAGUCGGCUGAGCCCGCUGGACCGGCUUUUGUCGCCGCCUCUCGUCGUCGCGCUCUGCCCACUGGGCCCCAUGGCGGCGCCGGAGCUGGCAUUGAUAUCAUUUGAAGAUGUGGCCGUAACCUUCACUGGGGAGGAAUGGAGACAUCUGGACCUGGCCCAGAGGACCUUAUACCAGGAGGUGAUGCUGGAGACUUGUGGCCUCCUGGUCUCACUGGGGUAUCCUGUUCCCAAACCAGAGCUGAUUCACCUGCUGGAGCAUGGGCAAGAACUAAGGACAGUGAAGAGAGGCCUCUCCAGAAGCACCUGUACAGGUGAAAAAGCAAAACCUGAGAUCACAGAGCUUACUGCUUCUCAGCUGGUCCUCACUGAGGGAGCUUCUUUUGAGGAACGAGUGACACAUGGAGCCUCAAGGCAUUGCAGGCUGGAGCAAGCAAGGGAUCAGGAAAAACUGUCAGAAAUGCAGGAAGGGAACUUGAGGCGAGAAAGAGACAUCCACAUGGAGACAUGCCCUAGGAAGUUGAGCCAUAAACAUGAUGACUUUGAGACAGAUGAUUGUCUUUAUUUAAGGGUUUUACAGGAGCGAGUCACUACACAAGAUGCUCUGCAUGAACGUGAUUCCCAAGAACCAGGAGGAGACCCUGUUAUUGAUGCAAAGAAUAAUCUCUACAAAUGCAAGGAAUGUGGAAAAGGUUUUAGCAAGAAUUGGGCCCUUGUUCGGCAUCAACAGAUUCAUGCUGGAGUGAAGCCUUAUGAAUGCAGUGAAUGUGGGAAAGCCUGUCGUUAUAUGGCAGACUUCAUUCGACAUAUGAGGUUUCAUACUGGGGAAAAGCCGUACAAGUGUAUUGAGUGUGGGAAGGCCUUCAAACGCAGGUCUCACCUCACAGAGCACCAGCGUAUUCACACUGGAGACAAGCCCUAUGAGUGCAAAGAAUGUGGUAAAGCUUUCACCCACCGCUCCUCUUUCAUCCAGCAUAACAUGACUCACACUAGAGAAAAGCCCUUUUUGUGCAAGGAAUGUGGGAAAGCUUUUUACUACAGCUCUUCCUUUGCUCAACACAUGAGGAUUCACACUGGAAAGAAACUUUACAAGUGCAGUGAAUGUGGAAAGGCCUUUACUCACCGCUCCACUUUUAUCCAGCAUAAUAUGACCCACACAGGAGAAAAACCCUUUUUGUGCAAAGAAUGUGGAAAAGCUUUCUGCCUGAGCUCAUCCUUCACUCAACACAUGAGGAUUCACACUGGAGAGAAACCCUAUGAGUGCAGCGAAUGUGGAAGGGCCUUUACUCACCGCUCCACUUUCAUUCGGCAUAAGAGGACCCAUACUGGAGAGAAGCCCUUUGAGUGCAAAGAAUGUGGGAAAGCCUUUUGUGACAGCUCUUCCUUAAUUCAACACAUGAGGAUUCACACUGGUGAGAGGCCCUACGAGUGCAGUGAAUGUGGAAAGUCCUUUACACACCAUUCUGUUUUUAUCCGACAUAAUAGGACCCAUAGUGGAGAAAAACCCUUGGAAUGUAAAGAGUGUGCAAAAGCCUUUUACUAUAGCUCUUCCUUUACUCGCCACAUGAGGAUUCACACUGGAGAGAAGCCUUAUGUAUGCAGAGAAUGUGGAAAGGCCUUUACCCAACCUGCAAAUUUUGUUCGGCAUAAUAGGAUCCACACUGGAGAAAAACCCUAUGAGUGCAAAGAAUGUGAAAAGGCCUUUUGUGACAACUUUGCCUUAACUCAACACAUGAGAACUCACACUGGAGAGAAACCCUUUGAAUGUGGCGAAUGUGGGAAGGCCUUCAGCCAUAGUUCAUCCUUCAUUCACCAUCGAAAGAUUCACACCAGAGUUUAAAAGAUGUAACAAGGCCUUUUGCAAAUGUGUUCACUCAGUCAAUUUUAGUGAACUCAUACUGGUGAAAUACCUUUCCUUUUGAGUAUAACUAUUCAGGGAAGUCUUUUGGCCAGAGAAAUAUCUUACUCAGUAUCUGAAGAGAAACAUCAUAAUUGUCAUCUCUGUGAAAGCUUUUUGUGGCAGGUCAUCUAAAGGGUCAUACUAGAAAUUGACCCAGCCUGCAGCUCUACACUACACCUGAGAAUCAUCCACGAGAGAGACUCAGUAGUUGUCAUGCAUCUGGGGAAAAUGUCAGCAACAGUUCUUCCUAUGUUUAUACUAUAAAUCCAUCUCAAGAGUAUUUUAAAAGAACAAAGAGAUGUAGAAGAGGAAGGAAAGAGAAAUGCAUGUGUGGCUGCUUUCUGAUUUCCCUGCCAAGCUAUGACAAUUUGUUAUUUGUGUGUGUGUGCAUGCGGAGGGGAUGAAGGGGGAGAGAUCAAAAGGCCUCAUCACCUUUAUGUGUUUUCUUAUAUAUCCAUAGUCAGGAGAAUUGGACCAUUGGGGCGGCUCUGCUCACAUUUAUUAAAAGUUCUUUGUUACAAAACACUGUCAUGUCUACCCUUGAAUAUAAGGACUGAGUCAUGAAAUACAUAUACAUACACACCUACAUAUGCAGUCAAUUCUUCUAAUUCAUGGUAGUUAUAUUCUAUAAAUUCACCACAAACACUGAACUAGUGAAUACUGAACCAUUGCUCCUAGUGGCAAUAUAGGUUUAGGUUCCUGUGAGCCUCUGUUCACAUUUCCAUCAACCAAUCAAUACAUAAUCUUUUUAUUUAUUUAUUUUUUAAUUUUUUUUUGGCUGCAUUGGGUCUUCGUUGCUGUGCAUGGGCUUUCUCUAGUUGCAGCAAGCAGGGGCUACUCUUCGUUGCAGUGCAUGGGCUUCUCAUUGCAGUGGCUUCUCUUGUUGAGGAGCACGGGCUCUAGGCAUGCAGGCUUCAGUAGUUGUGGCAUGCGGUCUCAGUAGUUGUGGUUCACGGGCUCUAGAGCGCAGGCUCAGUAGUUGUGGCACACAGGCUUAGUUGCUCUGCGGCAUGUGGGAUCUUCCCGGAGCAGGGAUUGAACCCAUGUCCCCUGCAUUGGCAGCAGAUUCUUAACCACUGCACCACCAGGGAAGUCCCAGUACAUAAUCUUAUAUGGAAUUUUUUUCUGUUUUUAAAGACACCUUAUUUAAUAAAUAUUUCUUAUAA